CAGAUCUGGAUUAGGUUUGUUUUGCACCCAGCACAUUUCUACGGUGUAGAUGUGACUUGACGAUAGUACCGUGGUGCUAUCACCUGAUCAAGGUGGAAUCGCAGAGGCACCUUGUUGGGGGGAGGGGCAUUCCGCUGCCUCCUCUGCUGUAGCAACACUGCUCCUCCACCAUCCUCCUCCUCCUUCUCCUCCACCGCCGCCUCUGCUGCUGAUCGCCAGUCUGCAGGAGUCUUCUGCGUCUCCACAGGAGUCAUUCAUUGUUCGUUCUUCAGAUUUUUAUCUUCCUUCAUUUUGGACGAAAACAGAUAAUUAUGGAGAUGAUGGGCAAGAAGGGGCGACGCGGAGUGAAUGUGAAAGGCUUGCUGAAGAGGAACUGGCUGCUUAUCGCCACGGUUCUGUCGGUGCUGAUCGGUAUCAGUUUGGGCGUUGUGGUGAGGGAGUAUGCGUCCCUCUCCCAACUCGACAAGCAGUAUUUUGGCUUCCCAGGAGAGAUCCUGAUGCGAAUGCUCAAGCUGGUGAUCCUUCCACUCAUCAUUUCAAGCAUGAUCACAGGUGUUGCAGCCCUGGACUCUGAGGUGUCAGGAAAGAUAGGUCUUCGGGCUGUUGUCUAUUACUUCUCAACAACCAUCAUUGCAGUUAUUCUUGGAAUUAUUUUGGUGAUGACGAUCAAACCAGGUGUGUCCCAAGAAGCUGAUCACAUUGACAGAACAGGGACCACUCCCAAUGUUACUACAGCUGAUACACUGCUGGAUCUUCUUAGAAACAUGUUUCCAGAAAAUCUGGUGCAGGCUUGUUUUCAGCAGUACAAAACAAAGCGAAAAGAGUUGGAACCAGAGAAAGUCUCGACCAACACCACUACGAUUCCACCUCUCGCCACGACCAUCACAACAGUCAUAGAGAACAUCACUAAGGAGUAUAAAAUAGUUGGAGAGUAUUCAGAUGGAAUCAACGUAUUGGGCCUCAUCGUGUUCUGUGUGGCUUUCGGCCUUGUUAUUGGAAAGAUGGGAGAAAAGGGCAGAAUACUCCUUGAAUUCUUCGAUGCCAUGAAUGACGCCACAAUGAAACUGGUGCACAUAAUUAUGUGCUAUAUGCCGUUUGGUAUCCUGUUCCUUAUUGCUGCGAAGAUCAUUGAGGUGAAAGACUGGGAGAUCUUCAAGAAGCUGGGUCUUUAUAUGGUGACUGUGCUGAGUGGUUUAGCUAUUCACGCCACCAUCUGUCUGCCACUCAUCUUCUUCAUUAUUGUGAGGAAGAAUCCCUACACUUUCACUCUCGGAAUGGCUCAGGCCCUGGUGACGGCCCUUAUGAUCUCUUCAAGCUCCGCUACGCUGCCAGUCACCUUCCGCUGUGCUGAGGAGAACAACCACAUCGACAAGAGGAUAACUCGCUUUGUUCUCCCAGUGGGCGCCACCAUCAACAUGGACGGCACAGCGCUGUAUGAGGCAGUGGCUGCCAUCUUCAUUGCUCAGCUUAACGACUAUCCUUUGAAUGUGGGCCAGAUAGUUACUAUCAGUAUAACAGCAACAGUUGCGAGUAUUGGAGCAGCAGGAGUCCCCAAUGCUGGGCUUGUCACCAUGGUGAUAGUCUUAACAGCUGUCGGACUACCUGCAAAUGAUGUCACUCUGAUAGUCGCAGUGGAUUGGCUUCUGGAUCGCUUCCGUACAAUGAUCAACGUUCUGGGCGAUGCUUAUGGAGCUGGGAUUGUUCAGAAACUAUCCAAGAGGGAAUUGGAGAGGAUGGAUCUGAUUUCAGACGUAGAUGUUGCUAACCCGUUUGCCCUGGAAGCAACUCUGGACAACGAGGAGUGUGAGAAAAAAUCCUACGUCAACGGAGGCUUCACUGUCGAUAAGACAGAUGCAAUUUCCUUUACAGAAACCUCCCAGUUUUAGCUUCCAGGUGGCUCAGAGGAGCAGUAAAAGUGCCACACUUACAGCUGUAAGAUGGAAAAACUUUACUUCACCACCAUAACAUGAUUGAGUAGGAUCCAACCAGCCCAUCCAAGUCUAAACACCAGCCUUCGUUAAGCUUAUUUGAACGCGAUCACCUUCCAUUUUGGACAUUGAUAACAACUACUAGAUUCAAGUGCUUCCUUAUUAAUCUAAAGCUGUGCCAAGAUGUUGAAAAGCCUCAUUUGUUUAGAUAAGACUGAAAUCCUUGUUGCAAGGAGCAGUUUGCCAAUGUUUGCACCUGAUGAUAUCCCUAUGGAGGGAUCUGAUGUUUGUGUGCAUGUAAUUUGAAAAAAACGUUAUUGUUUACUCCUUGAUUAGGCUAGAAAACUCUAAAUAUCCCAUCAUGCACUGCUUGUGUAAUAAUAAUAAUAAUAUGUAUAUUUGAACUGUGACAAACAUAUAAUAAGAUUUAUUUUUGCCAAGUUGCAUGAAGCAAUAUGUUGUAAUAACUAAUCCAUGGCUCCAGACUGAUUUUCAGUGAGGACAUUCUUAAGACGGGUUAUGGUUAAUGAAGGCUGAUGAUAUUGAAGAACACUGUGAAAUUCCAUUUUUGUCAAAGUCAUCUCAUAUUUAUCUAUGUAUGGCCAAAUAAGGAAGAAUAUAAAGAAAAUUGUAUUUAUGUGGGAAAAUCUUUUGCUGCAUUAUAUAUAUCUCUACUUCUCAAGCAAGUGUUUAAAGGAUUUGUGUUAUUGAAUCAUCUGUGUCUUUUCAAGUGCUUUGUCCUGGUUUGUCAAUCAUAUUUUCACUGUGUUAAACGCUUGUUAAACCCAGGCUGGUUUAACAUUUAAUUCCGACUGCAUCCACCUCCUCCUCACUAGUCUGCAAACAAUUCAGCUGAAGAUAAGCUCCAAGAUGUGAAGAGAUAGAGAGCACAUUUCAUUUCUGUGGAUCACAGGCGUUUUCCAAAACCUAGUCAGUAUUGUAAUAUCUGCUGCUUCGCGAUUGUCCCUCUGCAUCUCGGCGUUAGUGUUUUUAUUGCUGCCUCACAUCAGAGCUUGUUUUUGUUUUUGUUGGACUUCAGCUUGUGCUGCUUCCCUCUUCUUCUCUGACAGCCGCUUCGUAAGCUUUGAUGGAUUUGUUUUUUGUAAUUUAUAGAAAUUCUGUCAAUAAAGACAGUUUUAUGUCUUUAACUGAAUAAAAAGUAAACCAGUUAAA